AAGUCCUCCUGCUAGAGCCACAGACGUCAGCUUAACAAGAAUUAACUGAAGGACAGAGACCAGUGUCUCCAACAACCCAAACUGCUCCUGAAUUCAUUGUGAAGGUUUUAUCUCAGAAGACCGAGCCCUGCGCCCUGAGACUCUUUCAUCGCCUUCAGUAAAGGUUCGACCUGAAGGCCUCAUUUUCUUUUCGGUUGGAUUUCCUGUGCCCGUCUCUGUUUUUUCACCUCAAGAGUUUUCUGGAAAAGUUGCCAUCAUGUCGACGGCUUUGGAAGCGACUGGGUUCAUCAUGUGUAUAAUCAGCUGGCUGGUCACCGGAGCAGCGCUGGCCAACGACUACUGGAAGAUUUCCACCGUGUCCGGCAGCGUUAUCAUCUCCCAGAGGCAGUUUGAAAACUUGUGGCACUCCUGCGCUGAGAACAGCGCCGGCAUCGCCGAGUGUCGGGACUUUGAGUCGCUACUCGGCCUCCCAGCUCACAUCCAGGCGUGUCGGGCUCUGAUGAUCAUCUGUCUGCUGCUCGGCCUCGGCACCAUGAUCGUGGCCAUGCUCGGACUCAAGUGCAUCAAGAUCGGCUCGGCCACCGACCAGUCCAAGGCCAAGCUCGCCGUCACCGGAGGAAUCAUGAGCGUGCUCGCAGGUCUGUGCUGUAUGAUCGCUUGUUCCUGGUACGCCUUCAGGGUCGUUGAAGACUUCAACAACCCGUUCUUCGGCGGCGUGAAGUUCGAGCUGGGUGCUGGUCUCUACAUGGGAUGGGGUGGAUCCUCUCUGGCCAUUCUGGGUGGAGCUCUUCUCUGCAGCGCCUGUAAAAGAACGUCAGCUGGUGGCAAGAAAGGAGGUUACUAUGGAAACCCACCACAGAAGGUCUACACAGCUACAGCAAAGUCAGAUCCAGAUUCAGCCCGAGCUUACGUCUGAACACACACACACACACACACACACACACACACACACACACACUGUUCUGCCUGUACUCUAUAGACUUCUAUUAUUUUCUGAAGGCUCAGCCCAAACUUUACCUCCUGAUUAAUGUAAACUAAACUUUUAACCUUUAAGAGAACAGACCCACAAACUACACACACACACACAUGUAUACACACUGUACACACUUAUACACACUGUACACACUUAUACACACUGUACACACUUAUACACACUGUACACAACAUGUCCUCUGCAGAAUUUUGUUCAGUUUAGUUUCUUAUUUGUUUUGAAGAGUUUUUGAGAUGAAAUCAUGAAUCUAAAUCUAAAUCAUUGGAGCAGAUGAAUCUUUGUAGAUGAUUGUUGAUGAUUGUGUUUCUGAAUAAAGUUUGUGUUACAUUAAAAAAA